CGCACCUCUGUCCCAUGUCACGACGCCUUAAGUCUUCCUGCCUGUUCUCCCCCCGUUGUCACUCGGGCACGAGUAUCUUCCUCACUUCGAGCGUCUUGGCUUCUGUCGUGCUGUCUGCUAUUCACUUCCUGGCGUGUCGAUUGGUCCCGCCCCGCGAUGUUGAUGAGAUGACUGACGCGCUGGCGGCACUCGUGGCAGCGGUUGUUGACCAGGCGGGCCGCGCAAAGCCUGCAGGAGCGAGAGGCCCUCAGAAAUGCAGGCACACAUCUUUCACGACACACCUGCAGUAGAGAUGGCCGCAAGACAGAACAACUUGCACUGGACAGUCACAGCACACUGGGCAUGUCUCGAGCGUCGACAGGGGCGGCCCCUCGCUGAGACGCCGAGCGUACUCAUCCCUCUCGGCCGUCACUCGACCCAAAGCCCGCACGAGGGUCUCGAAGUACCUUCGUUCCAUAACGACAUCACUCCCGGACAGUGCCGGUGUCUCCAGCUCCAAGUGCACCUCAGGUGGGGGAAAGUGACUGACUGGCGUCGGGGCUUGCGUUGGGGCUUCAGAUGCGGGGGUCGGCCGGCUGCUGCUGGUGCUUGUUGCGGGCUGCG